AUGGCCGAUAAACCUACUGCCGAUCCUGCUGCUGACACUGAUAUUGACGCCAGUGACCCCAUUACUUCAUCCGCCACUGCCACCGACACCGCUGUUGCCAUCGCUCCUGCUAAUGCUGCCGCUACUGCCACCGACACCACUGCCGCUCCUACCACCGACACUACUGCCGCCGACACCACUGCCGCCCCUACCGCCGACACCACUGCCACCGACACCGCUGCCGUCACCGCUUCCGCUAAUGCUGCAGCCACUGCCACCGACUCCGCUGCCGUCAUCGCUCCAGCCACUACUGCUGCCGCCGCUCCUGCUACUCCUGUCCCCAAAGCUGAAAAAAAAGAACGGAGUCCGGUCCAUGGUUAUUACGAUCUCCCUGUUCUUUCACUAGAAGAAGCGACAGAAAAACUCAUUAAGGUGAUUCCUGAUAUCGCAGCGUAUGUAGCCACUGCGAAGAAGGAUUGUAAUAAAGAAUCAACUUUAUUAACAGUGGAUGAGUCUGCUGCAAUAUAUCUUUACACCAUGGCUUCACCUGUCGUCUGGUAUCUUAACGACGCUUUUCAAACAGAAAAGCGACGCGUACUAAAACCAUGGUUAUCUUACUUAAAACUUUUUGUCAAUGCUAUAGAGAAGUUACCAUCAACAACGAAAACUCUUUGGCGUAGUCUUGCUACUGACAAUCCUUUAAUAUUUUAUGAAGGUGCUGCUUAUACAUGGUGGAAUAUUACUUCAUGUUCGCUGAAUGUCAAAAUGACUCAAUAUUAUUUAAAUAGACAAAUAGCAACUGUAUUUGCCAUUAAUGCUAUUAAUGCCAAAGAUAUCUCCAAAUUUUCGGCAUAUCCAGACGAGCAAGAAGUUGUUCUGAUACCCGGUACUCGACUCAGUGUUGUAGGCGGACCCCUUCACUUCAGGGAUCACUUCACAAUCGUACAUAUGCAAGAAGAAGAAAACAGCUCGCCCACCCAAACAGUUAACAAGGAUGGUGAAAGCACAAAAUAG